AUAUUCGUGUAUCGUGUUACCACAAAGUUAUGAAAUAAAAGAUUCGUAAUCGCGCGAUUCGGGAUGUCAGGUUAGAGGAAUGGUAACCGAGGACGGUCUCGUGAAGCGAUCCGUUGAAAAAUGUUAGCAUUCACCUCCGCCAAAAUUUUCAUGGGCUUCCAACGGAAUCAUAACGGGCCGAAUAAUUACCGAUCGCUCUCAUUAACCCGUUUCGAUUCUGACAAGGAACGAGAGCGAGAAAUGGAGAACAAACGAAAAGAGCUAAUGUCGCGCGGCCUCCCGAAACAGAAACCUUUGAAAGGCGUGAAACAGAUCGUCGUUGUCGCAUCUGGGAAAGGUGGAGUUGGUAAAUCUACGACCGCUGUAAAUCUGUCGACUGCAUUAAAAACUAUCGCACCGCAAAAGUCUGUCGGUUUACUCGAUGCCGACGUGUUCGGUCCAUCCGUGCCGUUAAUGAUGAACUUACAAGAAUCUCCUAUAGUUAACGAUAACAAUCUCAUAGAACCCCUUGUAAAUUACGGCGUGAAAUGCAUGUCAAUGGGUUUUUUGAUCGAAGAGAAGUCUCCUGUAAUUUGGAGAGGAUUGAUGGUAAUGAGCGCGAUUGAUAAAUUGUUACGUCAAGUAGCAUGGGGUCCCUUGGAUUAUCUUGUUAUAGAUACUCCUCCUGGGACAGGAGAUACUCAUCUCUCUAUCAUUCAGAAUCUUCCUGUCACUGGUGCAUUAUUAGUAACAACGCCUCAAAAGGCAGCCCUAGAAGUUACGAGAAGAGGAGCUAAUAUGUUUAAACGUUUGAACAUUCCAAUUAUCGGAAUCGUAGAAAAUAUGAGCAACAUAGUAUGCCCGAAAUGUAACAGCAAAAUAAGUCUUUACAACGGUGGGACGGAAGCGAUCGCCAAAGAGCUCGGUGUAGAAAUAUUACAAAGUAUUUCAUUAUCGGAGAACAUUGUAGAAAGUUGCGAUAGUGGCAAACCAAUCGUGUUGUCAGCAUCAAAGAGUAUUCCAGCUGGUGCAUUCACAGAUCUGGCAGAGCGCGUACAUUCGUUUUUAGCUAGUCAACCAAUAAAUGAAGAAUGAUACAUUCUUCCAGGUGUUGUAUUUUAUAUUUAUUUAGGGUAAACUUGUAACUUCUA